AUGUACAGUACCGCGAACUCGCCGCAGGGUGACCGCGACGGAGAGAUCGAAGACGAGGAGCAGCACUGCGAUGAGGAGGAGCAGCCAUCAGAGGGUCCGCCUCACCCACACCAGCAGAGGUGGCAGCUGAUUGAACAGCAACAUCAGGAGCGGUGGAAGGAGCAGGAACUACAACAUCAGCAGCUCUGGCAGGAACUGGAUAACCCAGGAAACGAAGAAAGAGUGAGGAUGGACAAAGAGCAUGAAGAGGAGCGUCUGGAUCUGGACCAGAAACACGGUAAGGAGUGGCAGAACCUGGACGAACGUCACUAUGAGGAGCGCAUUACGCUUCAUCAGCAGCACGGGGAGGACACCAGAUGCAUGCACGUGCGAGUCAAUGAGCAAGCACGAUCCAGGCUUCUGCGAUGGUUCCUGGAGUGGAAAGGACAUAGGAGGCUGAGUAAGAUGCAGCAACAGCUGAAGCAACUUUAUCGCUCCCACCAGCAGCAGUGCCAAGAGCUGGAGCAGAGACACCAGAGAGAGUCAUGGGAGCUAGAGCUCAGACACCUGAGAGAGUCACAAGAGCUGGAGGAGAGGCUCCCGAGCGUCCGGUCGGAGGAGUUGGAUCGGCUGCUGGAGGAGUGCAGCAGGAGACGUCAUCAGCUGAGACAGAAGUUAGAGAAACAGCUUCAGGAGCAGGAACAAGACGAUCAGCGGCAGAGCCUGCUGGCGCGUCAAAAGGAGAAGCGUGAACAGCUCCUUCGGCAGCACAAAGAGGACAACAGAUACCUUAACAUGCGGAUCGAUAUUCUUCCACGCAGAUACCACGGUCCGCAGGUACCACGGACAAGGCUUCUGCGACGGUUCCUGAAACGGAGAAGACAAUGGAAGCUGAAUAAGAUGCACAGAAAACAGCUGAAACGGCUUGAUCGCUCCCACCAGCAGCAGUGCGUAGAUCUCCAUCUGACACUGCUGGCGGAGUGGCUGGAGCUGGAGCAGAGACACCAGAGAGAGUCACGAGAGCUGGAGGAGGGACACCAGAACGAAGAAGGUGAGUGA